AUGGAAUAUCAACAUUAUCUCAUCCCAAAGAUAAGAAAGAAACAAACAAAAAUUAUUUUUUCUCUUUUGACACAGAAAGAAGUUGAAGAAAAAAAAAGGUGGGCGAGCAAGAAAAGAAACAUGCAACAAACACACCCACUUUGUAUGUAUUUGAUUUGUGAUUUUCGAAAAACGGAUAAAAGAAGGAAGAAAAACCUUCAACACACGCACACAAACAAGCACACAGUAGCAGCAUCUACUACUGUACCAACACACGUUUUAGGUGAUAAGAACAAUUUAAACACCGUUAGAAAAAUCAUAAAAGAACCUCAAAAACAUUGA